UCUACGUACGACAGUCGAACUAAAAGAAUGGAUGUUUAUAUGUAUCUUUUUCAAUGUGAAUUAUAUUCAUGGAUUAAUAUAGUCUUCUGGUAUUUUACAAGUGUUGGAUGCCUAAGCAACAUUUAGAAAAAUGAUGAUCUGAACAACUGCACACACUUUUAAAGUUAGUUGUUCACUGAAAGAACUUCAAAGCUGAAACUUUAUAGAAAUACUCAGUGACAAACCUAAACAUUUAUACUCGGGUUUCAAAGUUUUUUAUUUUAUUUUAAACUGCCUCAGUUAUAGUAUCUUUUUUUAUACUUAGGUUUAGAUACACUACUGUUAUCAACAUUGCUGCCGUACCGUUGCGGCAAUAAACAGAGCUGUACAUAGAGUAGGCAUACAACAUCCGGGCUAUGCUCUCAGCCUGCGCAGGAACGGAAUGGCGGAGCGGAUUCAAUGGGCUCUGGAGGUCAGCGUGUGAGGCUAGCAGCGUUCCUGGGGCAGGGCUAUGAGGGUGGGCACCAGGAGCAGGAGGCCCCGGCCCUAGAGGAGCGGGGGAAGCAGUGCCCCAUGAAGAUGGCAGCUCGCCACCACGCCCGUGCUGAGCUGCCCCUGGAGGAUCUGUUGGGCCUGUGUGGGUACGAGGUGUCUGGGCCCCUCCUGCAGCAAGACAAGCAGCCCAACGAGCUGGCUGCCAGCCUGCCUGACAUGACCCUGGACAAGGAUCAGAUAUCCAGGGACCUGUUCCCUGGCCAGGACGGCGAGGAGUCGACGUCUGAUGACCUCACUCCCUCCGUCACCUCCCACGCCUCAGACCUCCUGCGGUGUCACCUCCGAGCCAACCUGCACUCCGCGGCAGACAAAGCUUCGACCAGCUCCUCCUCCGACGAAGACUCAGACGAGGGCUCCGUUCCCUCCAAUGACGGACGGAAGGAUAUCAUGGUGGGCUCUCAGUACCAAGCCAAAAUCCCUCCUCUCAACCCCUGCACCUACCAGGAGAGAGCCUAUGAGAGUGAGGACCAGCUGUUGUGGAGCCCUGGUGUGCUAUCAGGCCAGGCUGUGGAGGACUUCCUGCUGUGCUCCCAGAGACGGGGGCCCCCUCGGGGGCUUGCCGACACCCCACUGCCCGGGGACUCCGUCAGGGACAAUGAGCAGGCUCUGUAUGAGCUGGUGAAAUGCAACUUUAACGCAGAAGAGGCUCUGACACGACUACGCUUCAAUGUGAAAGUCUUCAGUGAGGAGCUGUGCGCCUGGAGCGAGGAGGAGUGUCGCAACUUCGAGCACGGCUAUCGUGUUCACGGGAAAAACUUUCACCUCAUUCAAGCCAACAAGGUACGCACGCGCUCCGUAGGGGAAUGCGUGGAGUAUUACUACAUGUGGAAGAAAUCGGACCGCCACGAGUUCUUCACCCAGCAGACCACCAAGCUGGGCCGCAAGAAGUUCAGCCUGCAGUCGGACUACAUGGAAGUCAGGACUGAUCCGGGAGAGGAUGGCGACCAGGAUGGAGAGGGGGGGGAGGUGGAGGGGGGAACUCACUCCCACAGCCCACCAGCCAGGCAGCUUGACCCCCCCUCGCCUCGGCUGGACCAGCCAGGUGCUCUGCUUGGACCGGGGGUGUGGGACUACUGUGGUGACCGGGGCGCCAGCCCUCCAGACGACCGUCAGCUGUCCAGCUCUUACCCUCCGCCCCCCCCUCCGGACGACCUGCGCCAGCCCACAUUCCACUGCCCCAGCCCGGGCAGCCGACCCUCCACCUGCCCCCCUCAGCUCCAGCCCUCCUCUCCAGCAUCCGCCGAGGGGCCUCGCCUGCUGGGCCCUGGGUUCUACCACCUCCAGUUGGGGCCCUUCUUCUUGGAGGGCCGGCCAGCGGGGCCUGGCUGUGGCGGCGCCCCCCAGAGGACCCAGGUGGACUUCUCCUUGCCCCCCGCCACCCCGGCCUCUCCCACGCAGGCUUCCUCCACGGCUUCUGCGUCUUCAGACUUCGGGGCCAUCAGCAGCUUCCUGGGGGCCCCUGCCAUCCAGCACCCCCGCUCCCUCACGCAGUGAGGGGCCCAGGGAAAGGUGCGUUCGUUUUAACACAGAGCACAUUCCUAGACGACUCGGUGCUUCCGGGGGCACUGUCUAAAUUUGAAUUAAUCAGACCAGAGCUUCCUUGACCCUUGGCUGUGGCGAGCUCUCCGGGAGAGGAAGUGUAUCCUCUAACUUAGUGUAGCAGUGCAUGCUGGGAGAUGGGGCCUACCUGGACCAGUGUGUUUACAGGAGCACAAUUACGCCACCUAUCUGUAGGGGCCAACAAUGCAGCUACUCUACGUCAGGUCAUGAUGAAAUGUAAGUCCCUUGGCAGAACAUGAGAGAGACAUGAAUGUGUUGCAGACAGACAAACAGGGUUAGGCAGGUUGACAGACAGACAGACAGACAACUGGCAGACAGACAGGCAAAUGGAC